GGUAGUGAGCGCAAUGUCUCUCAGCCGACUUUACGGUCUGCGAUCAAAUUUGCGCGCCGUGAUCAAAUGUGGUUCCGCGGGCUGUCGUGGUUCUGUAGGAAAUGUCCGAUUGGUCAGCAGCUCCAGCUCGGUGGCCUUCGAGAAGCAAGCUGCAGGAGCAGCAACCGUGGUAGCAGCUAAGCCCGUUCAGAAACAGCACGACUGGAACCGAGCCGUGAGUGAGGCGGAAAAAAUCGUCGGCUAUCCGACGUCCUUCCUGAGUCUCCGCUGGCUGCUCAGCGAUGAGAUUGCUAACGUGGCAUUGCAUCUCCGGAAGCUGGUCGGAAGCAACCAUCCGUUGCUGAAAACGGCAAAAAUCCUCAUCUACAAUGGUAAAAACAACAUGCAAGCCUGGGGCCUCAUUGUGCUGCUCAUCUCGAAGGCAGCUGGUCACGCACCCUCGAUUCCGGAUCUGGAACAGGACAAAAGUGCUGGCGUGUUGCACUCGCAGCGCGCUCUCGCCGAGGUCACCGAAAUGAUCCGCACGUCGCAUUUGGUACAUCAGGGCUUAGUCAAUCUGCAGCCACUGGCAAAUGCCGGAAACGAACUCAGCGGGGACAGUGAGAUGAUCUUUGGGAACAAGAUUGCGCUGCUCAGUGGAGACUAUCUGCUGGGGAAUGCUUGUUUACAGCUGGCGGGUUUGAGAAAUCAGGAACUGAUUGAACUGAUUUCUUCGUCCGUUAGGGAUUUGGCCGAGUCUAAUUUUGUGGGUGAUCGGGAUCCGCAGAAUAAUCCGCUGCCUUCGAAGCCGGAACCAAAGUCGACGAGUGACGUACAGUCUGGUGACGAUUUGGGAUUCGGAGAUUUGGAAGACAAUACUCAGCCGCUGAAUAUCAAAGAUGUACUGGGACAUCCGGAAAAGGAGUGGUCUUUGCGUCACAUUCUUGGUGCUGGAAGUUUGCUCGGCAAAAGUUGUCAGGGUGCAUUGAUCCUUGCGGGACAACCGGUUAAGCUGCAGAAACAAGGAUACUUGUUCGGGAAGCACCUUUCGUUAGCAUGGCAAGCGUGUAUCGAUCUAGAGCCAUUCAGCAGUCCUAAUUUGCCAGCAGGACAUCGUUUCAGCCUUAUAUCCGCUCCAGUACUCUUCCAUUUGGAACACGACCCAACCCUGUACGAGGAGAUCAAGAAGGGUCGUGAUUCUGUAGACAAUAUCGACUAUGCGAGAAUCCACAGCGAGGUGAAUAAAGGACCAGGAUUGGAGAAGACCCGUGAUCUGCAGAAGAAGCACAGCCUGGCUGCGAUGGCUGUAUUGAAUGAGUUACCUCCAACGGACGCCCGGACGGCGCUGCAAAACAUUAUACUGGCGAUGCAAGAUUUAUAGGUUUAAAUGGACAGUUUGGUUAUAGUACGUAGUUUUGCAGACUAUUCCAGGGUAAUAGUGGAUGUUUCUUCAGUUUUCUUCAAUGUGAGUGGAAGAAAAAUAGGAUAGAAAAGCCGAAAUGAAAAAAAAGACAUGCAAGUGGAAUACAGUAUCAUUCCGUCCAGAGUGGGAGAUUAUGACAGUAUAGUACCAUUAAUUAUGAAUCGUGUCGUUGAUUUUCAGACAUAAAUUUGGCCGAAAGCUCUUGUAGUGUAAGAUUUAAAUAUGCGCAGGUUAUACGUGUAAUGGUGAUAGUUUUUGUUCUGUUCUAGAAUAUAUUUGAAGUUGUUGACUUUUCUA